GAUUUUGCUGUGUGCUUGGGGUUAUUGCCUUGUUGGAAGAUCCACUCGCGGCCAAGUCUCAGCCUCCUGGCAGAGGCAACCAUGAUUUAGGCAAAAAUGUCCUGGUACUGGGUAAAGUUAAUGAAUAUCGUAUUCCUCUCCAUUGCUCCCUUUGUUUCUGGACAAUGCCCACUAUUUCACGUGUACGAACACCGGUUUGUCACCUGUCGCCAAGACCGACCUUUACAGCUGGAGUUUUUUUGACCUAUCUGUACAAACGCUACGUCACUGUAACCACGCCCCCCGUAAAACACGGUCUCAAAUAAAAAUAGGAUGAGACUAUGUAAUUGGAUACGUAUUUAAUAGUUUUUCGAUACAUCAUACGCAAUUCAAUUGACAUACGCAAUAGUAAAAGUAAUACAAUAAAGUAUAAGUAUAUUAAAACCUAAAUUAUCUUACGUCUCGUUUUUCUUUAGAAGAAUACGAAAACAACGUCCCCUAUUAGCUGAAGUGGUAUCGCCUAAUAUGCCACUUACCAGCCGCUAGGGUAGGAGUCGAAGGAUAGUGUUUUACCGAGGCAAUAGCGGAAAAAAAAAAAGAGCUGAAUGUUGUUGUAAACACAACAUUAACCAGCUAAAUUAUAAACACAUUUGUAAAUAAAACAAUACAUUUAUAAAGUUAGCUUACGAUGUCUACUCCGGCAAGAAGACGAUUGAUGAGAGAUUUUAAGCGGUUACAAGAAGACCCUCCGGCUGGCGUCAGUGGCGCCCCUUCCGAAAACAACAUAAUGGUGUGGAAUGCAGUCAUAUUCGGCCCAGAAGGGACACCUUUUGAGGACGGCACAUUUAAGCUCACUGUUGAGUUCACAGAAGAAUACCCUAACAAACCCCCCACAGUACGAUUUGUGUCAAAGAUGUUUCAUCCAAAUGUGUAUGCAGAUGGAAGUAUAUGUCUAGACAUUCUGCAGAAUCGAUGGAGUCCAACCUAUGAUGUGUCAUCCAUUCUUACCUCUAUCCAGUCUCUGCUAGACGAACCAAACCCCAACAGUCCAGCCAACAGUCAGGCAGCCCAGCUUUACCAGGAAAACAAGAGGGAGUACGAGAAGCGUGUGUCGGCCAUUGUAGAACAGAGCUGGAGGGACAGUUGACCACACCCUCUCCCUUCUGGUCUCCUCUAUCCCCAACGCUGAGCUGUGUGUGUUGCGAGUUUGAGGAGUACAUCUUAAUUUAGAUUUUUUUUGUUUCUUCCUCCUUUUAAAAUUUACGUUUUUAUGCACUUUACCUCUCCCUUGUUCAACCAUUUUUUUUCUGACACGCUUGGAGUGAUGGAGUUUUUCUUUUUUUCUAUUUCUCCCUCCCGUUUUGGCUUAUCAGGGGACUUAUGUGCUGAGUCUUGUUUUUGCCGCCACUGUCUUCAAUUGAGGACAAUUUUUGGACGUCAAUUACCUGCCUCCCUUCCCUAGCUGAAAUAAAUGAGUUGGACUGAUAUGUGUAACGUUUGGAAGAAAUGAAUCAUGUUAACCUG